AUGGGGGUGGGAGAGGAGGAUCGCAUCCAGGGGGAUCCCCAGCUAGAGUCACUGACCUCGGACGACUCUGACAACUACAAGUACAUUGCAAGCAAUGACCAUGCAGACGCCAUCUACACCGUAUCCUUGCUGGUAACUGAAGCUCAAGAAAAAUUGGAUUUCAAAAAGAUGUUGAAGAAGAGGCAGGAUAAUGAGCCGCUGAGGAUCCGGUACUUCCUGGGGAAAUAUGAUGUGAAGCAGAUGGGCACCGUGGACAUGCUGUCCAUUACCAACGUGAACAUGAGUGAUGCAGGCACUCACAGCUUGGCCGUGGGCAACAGGCGGAUGAAUGCAGAGCUCAUGGUGCCGGAUCCUGGCGUGCGGGUCCUGAAGCAGGGUGCGGUACACAAGUUCAGCUUCCUCAGUAUGGGGCCCGACCUCGAGGGCAAAUACACCUCCAGGGCCAAGGGUGCAAAGAGGGAAGCCUCGGUGUUUAUCGCAGGUAAGAUCCGCCAAAAGUCUAUGGUCCGUCCUGGAGCCACUGGCUGCGCACACGGUGACCGUGAGGGUGGGGCACACCGCGAACAUCAAGGUGCCCUUCCGGGAAAAGCCGAUGCCCAGAGAGACGUGGUACAUGGAAGGCAGGGAAAUGACAGAAGAGGAACCACGUCCGUGCAGUGUGGCGACGACCAGGCGCUGCUCGCCAUUUCAAAAGCCCCCGGUCUUGCCUCCCAGCCUUACAUGACUGAUGUGACCAAUGAGCCCCUGACCGUCGUAUGGAAUGCCCCCGCCCAAGAUGGGGGAGCCCCAGUGCUCCGCUACAUUGUGGAGCGAAGGAAGAAAGGCAGCAAGCUGUGGGUGCCAGUCAACAAGGACCCCACCCAGGGCCUGGUGCAAGGCCUGCACAUGUCUGAUUCCUCCAACACCAGCAUCUCCCUGGCCUGGCGAGAGCCUGCAGGGGGAGACCCACCCUCUGGCUACGUCCUUGAAAUGCGGGCUGAAGAUACCAUGGAGUGGUCCAAGUCCACAGAGAUCCCCAUCUCAGGCACCUGCUACACAGCGGGCGGCCUCACCGAGGGGCAGAAGUACUUCUUCCGAAUCCUGGCGGGGAACGAGGCUGUGGCUGGGGAGGCAGUAAAGCUGGACGAGGGGGUCUGUGCCAUGCCACCAACAGGCGAGAGAUGCACAGAGGGCUGGGGUCAAGGCCCCAACAUCCUAGCUCCACCCCUUCCUCUCUGGGACCUCAUCCUGUAG